CUCAGCUUUAGCCACGAGAGGGAGCCAAGUGCAAACAGGGCGGAAGUUGCAGCUGCAAUCCAAGGAUUCAAGGAUGAAAUCAUCAUUCCAUGUGAUGGGCCCUGAUAUCUGAGAAUAGGCAUGGAAGAAAGAGCCAGGUUUGCACAGUUCCAGAUGGAUACAGAGAUGCACCUGUUGAAAAAAGGAAGGUUGGAUAAAACAGCUGACACAUCCAAAACAUACGUUGUUUUAAAAGUCCAAAAUUUGAAAAGCACUACAAUAGAUCGAAGGGGAAGGGAGCCUUGCUGGGAACAAGACUUCAUGUUUGAAAUCAGUGCUGAUGGAAAGGGCUUCAUUAUAGAGCUGUGGAAGAAAGGCUUGCUCUGGGAUAGCAUUUUAGGAGUUUUAUGGAUUCCUCUUGCCACUGUGGAAUAUGCAACAGAUGAAGGCCCAGGUUCCUGGUGGAGAUUGCAUUCUGAAGUAAUAAAAAAUGGAAGUGAGAUUCAAGGCACAAAAACACCAACUUCUCAUGAGAUCUUACUAGAUAUCUACUUUGCAUUACCAUUUGAUACCCACAGAGAUUUAGAUUGCAGAGGCUGGCACAGAGAGACACCCCUCCAACAUACAAGAUAUUCAGAUCAAGUUACAAAUGACAGUCAGCCAUCCAUGGACAGUGGGCUCAGCAUACAAGAAAGCAAACUCAGGUGUGGUGAAAUAGCUGAAUAAUGAGCCCUAGUUAUAAUUGGCCUGUGCAAGUGUGCAACUUCUGUGUGAGGGCAGCCAAAUAUGCAACAGAUUGUAUUUCAAAGGAGAAAUACAGACCAAGGUAAUGGAGGUAAUUUUGCAAGAGCAAGAUGGGCCAGGGCUAUCCAGAAGGUA